CGCGUCCCUAGAAGUGUACAAAAGUCCCUCCUCUCCUUCCGUUCGCCCAAGAGCAGCGAAGAAGAUCCCUCUCUCGGUCCACUUACCAUUCCUCUUACCGAUCCCUCUCUGCUUGCUGCCAUCCAAUCCCUCUCUCGCUUGCCGUCGUCCACCGGGGCCGCGGUUGCCGUAGCUAGGGGGUCACCGCCGACUCCGCCCGUUGCGCUUCUCGUUCAUUCGGAAUUUGGAAGUCAUUGGAAAUUGAUGGUUCGUGGGAUCGAUGGGAACCCAAUCGGGCAAGAUGCAACGCUAUGCAUGGGCGGGAAGGUGAGAAGAAAGUAUCGAGGUUCAUUAGAGUCCGUCUCCUCGCCUGGUAGUUUAGAAGAAGAAGAAGAAGAAGAAGAAGAAGAAGAAGAAGAAGCAUCUCAUGGUCCUUCGCCUCGGACAUCGUUGUCGGCGUCGGAGACGCACUCCGAUUCGUUCCUGAAGGAUGGACGAAAAAUACAUGUUGGUGAAUGUGCUCUUUUUCAGGCAAGAAAUGCUCCACCUUUCAUUGGAAUAAUUCGACGUUUAAUAAAAUGUACAGAAGAUUCUCCCAAGUUGGGCGUCAACUGGCUUUAUCGACCAACUGAUCUUAAGCUUGCAAAAGGCAAUUUGCUUGAUGCUGCUCCAAAUGAAGUAUUUUACUCUUUCCACAAGGAUGUGAUUCCUGCUGCCUCGUUGCUUCAUCUGUGUAAAGUUGCGUUUUUACCUAAUAGUGUUGAACUUCCACUGGGAAUACCAGCAUUCGUGUGUAGGAGAGUAUAUGACAUUGCUAACAAACAUUUAUGGUGGUUGACUGAUCAGGAUUAUACCAAUGAACAUCAGGAAGAAGUUGAUCAACUUUUGAACAAGACUCGGCUGGAAAUGCAUAUAGCAGUUCAAUCAGGUGGGCAUUCACCGAAAUCUCUUAACAAUACAACAAGCAACCAACAGUUAAAAUCUGGUUCAGAUAGUGUACAAAGCAGUGGCAUCUCCACUCCUCAGUCCAAGGGAAUGAAGAGAUCGAGGAAUGAUCAAAGCAUGGAGCCAAUCAAAGGUGGCAAAGGCAUAGAACCUGUGAAGCAAGAGCAGGGAAUUGAGCCAAUUAAGCGACAGCAUUCUUCUAAACUAAAUGAUGGAAGAUUUAUUGACACUAUAAAGUCUGAGAACAUUAAGGCAGAAAUUAAUAAAAUGGCAGACAAAGGUGGGAUUGUAAGCAUUGAAGGGGUUGGGAAUUUGGUCAGUUUAAUGCAACUAUGUAACAAAGAGAGAAAAAUAGAUUUGGCUGGUCGGAUAAUGCUUGCUGAUGCCAUUGCAGCCAUGGAGAAAUCUGACUCCCUUCAUAAGUUUGUGCAACUCAAGGGAGUGACAGUACUGGAUGAUUGGCUCCAGGAGGUUCACAAAGGAAAGAAUGAUAAAGGUAGUAGUCCUUGCGAAAGUGAAAGUUUAGUUGAGGAUUUUUUAUUGUCUCUACUUCGUGCGCUUGAAAAGUUGCCUAUAAGUCUGAAUACUCUGCAAAGUUGUAACAUCGGCAAGUCUGUGAACAAUUUGCGCAGUUUUAAGAACUUGGAGAUCCAGAAGAGAGCUAGAGGUCUUGUUGAUACUUGGAAGAAACGAGUUGACACAGAGAUGUCAAAGAUAAAUGACAGAAGAUCUGUUGGAUUCAGCCAGCCAGUUUCAUUGCCAGACAAGCCAGGUCAUUCUGAUGUCAGUCAAACACGACAUAAGCGUACUGAAUCAACUUAUGGAACUGCUAAAAUGCCCAACACCCUGUCCUCAGCAAGUAAGCUUCUGACUGGUAAGCCUGGGACCUUAGAUUAUACUAAGAAAAUUGUACCUGCACCUGUUGUAGUUAGUUCAAAGGAUCUAGAAUGCAAAACAGUUGCGAGCAGUGGGGGGUUAGUGUUGCCACGUGUAGCAAUUAAAGAGGAAAACAGCAGUGGUUCCUAUCAGUCUCAUAGCAAUGAUCGAUCUUGUUCUAGUGAUCAAGAAAAAUUUACGUCUUCUUCACAGAAGGAAGAAACAAAGAGUUCAGCCACUGCAUUGAUGAAUACCACCAAGUUAGGUAGCCUUAUCAACCAUAAUCAAAGGUCAAGCAAUGGGCUUCCUGUAACUAACAUAUCUGGAGAUCCAAAGGAAACUCAUUCUGGUAGGUUUGAGUCGGCCAACAAGGUUGUGGCAGCAGAAAAUGCAUUACAAGGUGGACUGACAUGUCAAAAGCCACUCGAUGUCCCUAUUGGUCAUGGAAAUAUCAAUAGGUUGGUUGUUAGGCUGCCAAACCCUGGCCAAAGCCUGGGAAAGAAUGACAGUGGAAUCUCAGUUGAGGAUCCAUUGGUAAUGGGAAGCAACCAGUUGCCUUCUGGUAUGCCAGACAAACAAGAUCGGGAUGAUGGUAGAAUGAAAAGGAAGAGUGAUGUUCCUUUCUCUCAUAUCAUAAGGGAUGAUAAUACAGUGUUAUGUCAAGGAAAUGAGGUUAAAGACGGAUUAUUUGGAAAUGGAGAAGUUAGCUCACCAAUGGGUUCUGAUGAAGAACAUAGAAGAAAUGUUGAGGUAACUGUAAAUUUUGCAGAUCCUGCUAGAAGCGCCUAUUUGACAUCUGGGAAUGAAAAUGGAGCCUGCUCAACUGAACCAGGGACAAAAAAUUCUUAUAGUUCUAUGCAUGCCUUGGAAGAAGGCUGUGCCAAAUAUUCUGAACCUACCACUCCUUCGGCAGUUGGAGAUGAUACCGGGAUGAAUCUACUAGCUAAUGUGGAUACAGGGGAAAUUUCCCAGUUUGACAUAAUGUCACAGAUCAAUUCAGUUGGAACUGCACCUGCAGUGGAGGAACAAUGCACUAGCAAUGAUGCAUUUAGUUUAUCUUGUGAUGAUGACAUGGUUCAGAAGAAUAUCCAAUAUGAUGAACCUGUUAAUGCCAAUUCUGAGAUGCAAGGGAAGAAAGUUGGCAAUACAUUUGUGAAAGAUCUAUCACAAACUGAAGAUACCAGGCCUACAACUAACAGUGCUAAUGUUUCUCAACUGCAGGACAACAAAUUAAAUGGUCAUCAAACAACACAAUAUACUAUCACCUGUAUGAGUUUGUUUGAUAAGUGUAAUUCUACAAAUAUAGAGGUACAACCUGUGGAAGAAAGAGUAGGUAAAGCUGCGUCUGUACCAGUAGAAGUGGAGCAGGGAAAUGGGGUUGGAACUUCAAUUGAAGAUAAGCAAACUACUGAGGUGCAACUUUCUGACAUUUGUACAUGUAGUAAACCUAACUUCACGGGCACACUGAUUGAUGAAAACAUAUCUUUUCAUGAUGAUUAUAAGAAGAUGGAAGAUGACAUUAGGUGCACUUCUGAUGGUAAUGUAGAUGGUAAGUGUGAUACAGAUGCCACUAAUUCUGAUAGGAAAUUAGAAGCACCUCUUGUUCAGGAUGAUAUGUCAAGCUACGUGGUGGAGGAAGUAUUAAGUGCUUCUAUCUCAACUGAAAGCCUACAUAAACCUUCAACCCCAGAUGCUGCAGCUGUAAAUGCUGAUUCCAUUGUUUCAUUUCCUGCUGAUAAUAUUUCUUCUGCCGUUGCACUUGAUGACUCCAAGAUUUUGCAUUCUGAUCACACACAAAUCAACCUCUUGGAGUUGUCCCAUGAAGCAAACGAGGACAACAGUAUGCCUCCUCCUAGCACUGAUGAACCUGCAGUAUCAGCUGUUAUUUCUUUGGCUGCUGCUGAAGUGCCAUCUACUUCUAACAUUAAGGAAACUGAGAACUCUUUAAAGUCCUUUAAGGAAUCUGGAUUUGAUGCAGAAGCUAGGGAGGAUGAUAUUGUAUCAUCAGUAGACUGCUCCUCAUCAAGUAUUGUUGCUGAACCACUUGUUGCCAUUAGACUUGAGCUCGAUUUGAAUGAAGUUAUUCCUAUAGUUGAAGGGAAUCAAGACCAGAAAGAUAUCUCUUCUACAAUAUGUUCAUCUGCAAUUGACUUGCCUACUCUGUCUCCCUUUACAAGUCACAAGCAACCACUUGUUGCCAUUAGACUUGAGCUCGAUUUGAAUGAAGUUAUUCCUAUAGUUGAAGGGAAUCAAGACCAGAAAGAUAUCUCUUCUACAAUAUGUUCAUCUGCAAUUGACUUGCCUACUCUGUCUCCCUUUACAAGUCACAUAUCAACUGAUUUGCCUGCUGAAGUUACUGUGGCUGCACCAACCAAAAGGUAUUUUGUUCCUCCUCAAAUUUUGUUGAUGACCAAAGGUGAACCUGGAUGGAAAGGUUCAGCAGCUACUAGCGCAUUCCGACCAACAGAGCCACAGAAAAUAUCUAAAAUUCGUGAUAUGAUCCCAUCUGAUGGUGUUGGAAAGAAGAGCCGUCCUCUGCUAGAUAUCGAUCUUAACAUACCUGAUGAGGAAGUUCUUGCAGGCAUGGCUUCUCAGAGUUCUAUUCAAAUGAUGAGGACUACUACUGAUGAUGAUUCACUCACAAGGACUGCUCCUGAAGUUGAUCUUCAUUUAAAUAGAGUUGAUGAGGGUCUGGAAAAUGGCCAGUCCUUGGCUAGCACCAGCAGUAGAUUAGAGGUGCCACUGUUGGCUAUGCAACCUGCAUCUGGAGGACUCCCUGCUGAGAAAACAAAUGUUCUGAGGAACUUUGAUCUGAAUGACAGACCAGACAUUGAUGGGCUUAGUGUAGAAGCAGUAGCAAGGAACCAACAAGCAAACAAUUCAACUGUUGUGCCAAAUUUGUCUCCUGUUACAGGUCAUAGAACAAAUUCCGAAUCUGGUUAUACUUUGUCUUGGUUCCGUCCUAACCCUUAUCCAGUUGUUGCUGUGCCAUCUCUUCUGCCUGAUAGAGGAGAUAAAUCAAAUCCAGUAGCUGCAACUGCAGAAUCUCUGAUGAUUCCGAGGUCAUUAAAUGGUGUUAACCUUCGCGGUGAUAUUUAUUGUGGUACAUCAUCUCCAGCAAUGCUGGUUUCUCCAGCUACACCAUUUCCUUAUCCAAACUCAUCCUUUCCUCCCACUUUUACACUAGCUCCAGUGUCUUUAUCUGGUGGUUCAACACGUUAUGUUGAUGCUUCUUAUGGAAGUCGUUCUUGCUUCCUUGCUUAUUCUUCAUUGCUCACUGGUCCUGCUGGCGCUGUUUCAUCUAAUUAUCCAAGUUCCUACAUGAUAAGCUUUCCAGAAGGCGGCACUAGUACUGUGAAUAGUCAAGACUUUGAUUUGAAUACUGGUCCAGGGUGUGGAGAUAUGAUAGGAAAAGAUGAAAAACUGCUUUCAGCAUCAAGACAGCUUUCAGUUGCCACUUCUCGGGCAUUUAUGGAGGAUCAGGCCAGAAUGUAUGAUCUUUGGACUGUAGGUUCAAAGAGAAAGGAGCCUGAAGGGAGUUGGGAUGCAGAAAGCACCACUGACAGAUCUGCCAUGCAAGUCUCGUGGAAGAAAUGAAAUGAUCAAAGAAACAAUUUCAUCUGUACCUUGAGUCUGGCACAAUCUUAUCUGGAAUUUCUCACUUGUUUUGCUUAUUCACUAGGCUAUACAUACAAACAAAAGCUCACAUCCUAGUGUUUGCGUCAAGCAUGACAUACAAUCUUUGGGAGGCUUUUCUUAGCAUUUUAAGGGAUCUCAGGCAAGUUUGCUGUUUUUUCUGAUGGAAAUCAAACAAUUCAGGUUUUUUAUACAAUGUUUCUUAUAGAAGUUAAUAUAUUCUAUAAACGUUCCAUUUUGAAAAAUACAUAUUCCAUAUCUUGUCUGUGUUUGUUCCUACAUUGUGCAUUAUGUAAUCGUGGGUCAUAUUUGACUUUGAAACCUGUUGCUUGUUUCUUGGAAAAUUGUAAUAUUUUAUCUGCCUACUUACUCAUUUCACCAAGCACCUCUUGAGCUUCUCACUGCUCGCUUGCAGCCGGUAAAUGACUUGUAAAUAUUUUCCAGAUUUGGACUCUGUACAGAUACUUAGAUAGUCGUCUUCAUGUUAUCUUCCUACAAAACGAAUCUUUGAACCAGGUUUCCAUGAUUCAGAACUAACUAUUUGUGUUUGGUGUUAUUGUACGUGCGUGAAGUAGUUUAAACUUCAAAGUUAAAACUUAUUUUUACUUUUGAUGAAUCUGUGUUACUUGUGCUAACUUAAUAGCAAUCUGGUUGCUUAAACUGUGCUCGAUUAACUUCUGUUGUUAUUUAUUUUAGCAAAUUCCCAAUAUGUAUUCGUAGUUGGGACAAAAAAAACCCUUUUGCAAUCCUUGUUUGGAAAAAAUUAGAUGGUUUUUGCGCUUUUUCCUUUUCUUUUAUUUUGCAAAAGUCUAUUAUAAGAAUUGCUUUCAAAUCUGUGUUUUAUUCGUAGUACUUUUUUUCGGCUUGUUGGUUUUAAAAAUUGUUUGGUUUUCUAGAAAAAAAUUAAUUGAUUAGAGAGAAUUACAAUCAAUUGCUCAAUUAGUGUUGGUUGUGAAAAACUACUUUUGUUUGAUCAAUCGAUUAGAAUACAUUCUUGGAGAGUUUUGAGCUCCAAGAGGUUUCUUGAAUAUAUAUUCUUUUAGUCCUCUAUUAUUGUGCUAGUAAGGUUCAAAUAUCUCAUAGAUUUGGAUAAGGUUGAAUGCUUCAACUCAAGCUUUUGGUAUCUAUUCUUUAGUUUGCAUAAAUUUCAUUAUCGCAUUGAGAGUAAAUUUCAUCUGAUAAGCAUUUCAGAUGUUAUGGUAGAAGAUUUACCUCAUUACCUCUUGCGUGAUAGGUAUGAUUUAGUGAAACCUUUGUAGGAGUGCCUUAAUAGAUCCUAACGACAACUAUCAUAAAUUUACACAUCACAUACUCUUUGAAACACAAUUUCAAAUCACACAAGAGCCACAAGUAGGAGGUCGAUCGAACAACCAAAUUUUGAACCGAAAGGGCAUUUCGGGACUCUUAGAGAGGAUAGUAUGCUUGAUGGGCAUUUACAAAAGCCAGAUCACAUGGUGAAAAAAAAAGAGAUAUGAUACCAUUGCCUUAGAUUUUGUUCGGUCAGUUCUUAAUUGACUAUCCACGAUCUCUUGUCAUUAGCUUUUGUAAAUAAUUAUUCGACAAAUCUUAUAGUUAGUGAUUGAAUUAGAAAGGAUUUUCCUUAAUCUGACAUUUGUAGAAAACCAUGGUGGGUGGUCUGCCAUUGAUCAAACAGUCAGUGGAGGUGGUUAGUAAGUGUCACCCUGCAACAUAAUCUUAUCGAAAGGGAACGAAGGGGACCGGGCAAGCUGCUGCCGAGCUGGAGAAGCAGGGCACGUGUUUGUGCCGAUGAAAUGUCAGCGACAACAACGCGUGCUCUUCUUCUCCAGCUCGACUAGCUUUCCCCGCUUCAUAUGCUAUGUCUAUAUGCGAAAGGUAUAUUGAGAAAAACUGACUGUAUGUUUUCAGAGCUGUGUUUACUUCUCGUAGUUAAGAGUCUGAAUCAAUGUUAUCCUUUUUUGUUAAUGAAACUUGUAUGAACUAUACGAUGAGCUAAACAUAUCCAUGUUUUAUAUCUUUUCAUAAA